AUGUCGUCGCCGCCCGCCGCGCCGGGCCCGGCCUCGCCGCCGGGAAACCGCACAGCGCCGCCCCCGGCCUCCGCGCCGCCCGCUACCAACUCGACGCCCCCUUCGCCGCCUGCGCCACCGCCCUCUUCUCCACUCCCACCGCCGUCGACGCCCGCCGCGACGCCCCCGUCGCCGGGUGCCACCCCCGCGACGCCCUCCCUCCCGCCUCCCACGGCGCCCGGGGUGCCCGCCGCGCCGUCUCCCCCGUCGACCACGCCUUCUCCGCCGACCGAUCGUCCGACGCCGUCCGCCCAGGCCUCGCCGCCGCCGCCGACGAGCUCAGCGCUCAACACGGCCACGGUGGCGGGGAUCGCGGUGGGCGGGCUGAUCGCGCUGCUGCUCGCCAGCCUGCUCUGCUUCUGCAUGUUCAAGAAGAAGAGGCGGCACCACCCGCACCACCCUCCGCCUCCCCCGCCGCCCCACCACCUGCACUACUACGGGCACCCGCCGCCGCCGCCGCCCCCGCCGCCGUUCAAAGGGGAUCAAUAUGGGUGGCAGCAUAAUGCCCCUCCGCCACCCCCUGAUCAUGUUGUGAAGAUGAAUUCACAUCCUUCCACUAAACAGCCGCCGCCUCCGGUCAAUGUAAACAGCAGUGGUUCGGGUUCACAUUUCUCAGGCGGCGGUGAGAAUCGACCCCUGCAAUCACCGUUUGGCAACGCCCUCAGCUUCUCGAAAUGCACUUUUACUUAUGAAGAGUUGGCUGUGGCGACCAAUGAAUUCGCCGAUGCUAAUCUUCUCGGGCAAGGUGGCUUUGGAUUUGUUCACAAAGGAGUGCUGCCAGAUGGCACAGAAGUUGCCGUUAAGCAAUUGAGAGAUGGAAGUGGGCAGGGAGAGCGUGAGUUCCAGGCAGAGGUUGAGAUUAUCAGCCGAGUACAUCAUAAACAUCUCGUGACGUUGGUUGGUUAUUGCAUUUCUGAAGACAAGAGGUUGCUUGUCUAUGAGUUUGUUCCCAAUAACACAUUAGAAUUCCAUUUACAUGGAAGGCGUGGACCAACUAUGGACUGGCCUUCAAGACUACGUAUUGCUUUGGGUUCUGCGAAGGGAUUGGCCUAUCUUCACGAAGACUGCCAUCCAAAGAUCAUUCAUCGUGACAUAAAGGCAUCAAAUAUUCUUCUGGAUUACAGAUGUGAAGCUAAGGUGGCAGAUUUUGGACUUGCAAAGUUAACCUCUGAUAAUAACACCCAUGUUUCCACCAGAGUAAUGGGCACAUUUGGGUACCUUGCACCAGAGUAUGCUUCUUCUGGCAAGCUCACUGAGAAAUCAGAUGUCUUUUCUUUUGGAGUAAUGCUUCUUGAAUUAAUAACUGGACGCCGGCCUGUAAGUUCAAAGCAAGCGCAUAUGGAUGACAGCUUGGUUGACUGGGCAAGGCCUUUGAUGACACAAGCACUCGAGGAUGGUAAUCACGAUGCUUUAGUGGAUCCCCACAUGGGAAUCGAUUUCAAUGAUAACGAGAUGGCAAGGAUGAUCGCCUGCGCAGCCGCAUGUGUACGCCAUUCUGCACGGCGACGCCCACGCAUGAGCCAGGUUGUUCGGGCCCUGGAAGGCGACGUGUCGCUGGAUGAUCUGCACGAAGGCGUCCGGCCUGGCCACAGCCGGUUCAUGGGAUCGCACGCCAGCUCCGAGUAUGACACCAGCCAGUACAACGAGGACCUGAAGAAGUUCAGGAAGAUGGCGCUCGGCACCAGCAGCUUCCAGAGCAGCCAGCUAACACCGUCCAGCGGCGAGCACGAGCAGGAGCACCAGAACCCGUCCGUCCCGAGCAGCGACGGCCAUCAGCAGACGCAGGAGGUGGAGUUGGGGACUAGUACGAAGCGAGACGACGGCGACGUCGAGAGCCAGGCUUCCAUGAGAUGA